AAGGAUCUGCUCACUCAAUUUCGUCAAAGCUCUCUCCAAAUCAGACUCAACUGUACAUCAUGACAGACAUUCCAGUGACAUACAGUGGGGCUGAGUGUAAUGGGGACACCCCACCUGAAAAUGGGCAACAGCCAAUCACUAAAAUCACGGAUGAAACUACUAAUACCAGUGGCACCCUGCCGUACUACAGGGUAGACCCUAGUCUUGAAGAUGUACCCAUAAAAGAAAAUCAGGAGAAAAGUGAAAAAUCGCAAGGGAACAUGCUACUCAACUGGUCCAUGGAUGAGAAGUUCCUAAAAGAAAAACCAGAAGAGAACCUCUUUAUUGUUCAUAAGGCUAUCACAGAUCUUUCCCUCCAAGAAACAAGUGCUGAUGAACCGGCAUUCAGAGGAGGGCAUCGGUGGGAGAAGAUUCCUCUGAGCAGCAACAACCAAGAAGUAAUUAGACAGAGGGACAGGAUUUGUGAAAAACCUCUAGAAGAAGAAGAUGGGGAUAGGAAGAACAAAGCCCAUCAGGCAACUGCGAUCGAAUGGUUGGGAUUUCAGAAACCUAGCCAAGUUGACGUGUUGCAUUCUAAAGAUGAUGAGGAGCAAGAGGGUUGGGAUGAAGAAAUUAAUAAUGACGAUGAUGAUGAUUGCAAUGAUGAUGAAGAUGAAGUUCGAGUGAUAGAAUUUAAGAAAAAAAGUGAAGAAGGCUCUCAAUUAAGAGAGGAAGGCAAUGUAAGCGAGGACUCCCCUCUAAGCAGCCCCAGUUCCCAACCCGUGACACCAGAUGAGCAUCCAACCUUAGGGAAGAAGAAUGACAUCUCCAGAAAUGCUUAUUCAAGAUAUAAUACAAUAUCCUACCGGAAAAUCAGGAAGGGGAACACCAAGCAAAGAAUUGAUGAAUUCGAGUCCAUGAUGCAUUUAUAAACUGAGAAAUUCUCAUGCCUCUAGAGCAAAAGCUAGCUCUGUUUCCUUGAGGUGCAUCUUUGGAUGCCUGAUUUGAGUCGUUCCCUUUGAGGAUAUGGAAGCUUACUCUCUGUCUCACUGUAGAAUAACAUGAAAAUAAAUCUAGACAACAUGCAGUCUGGUAACCUCAAAUCAAGAAGUAUUAAAUUCAUUCUAGGGCACUUGCUUUUUAAAACUUCACUAAUAAUCACCAAAUAGCACCUCUGAGGACUCUGCCAUGAUUUGGUUUUCAAAGUGGCUGUGCUAGGGUACGUCAUCAAAUGAAAGAGAUGACUACUUGAAAUGAUCCCUGUCUUCCUUUUGAUGUCUUUCUCCCUGUACAUCGAGAGUGAUGGAAAGUUUGCUAUUAAACCCUUUACUUCUAAACAUAGUUCUGUAGACUUUUGCAAUAAAUUUUCCAGAAUGCUUUGCCUUUCCUGUUGUCUUCAAAAAGAUUGAUUUUAAGUGGUUUUCCUUGGCAUCUACAGAGUGAAAAUUCUAUAGGCCUCCUUCCUAGGUGUUACCAUUCACUGAAUUUUCUCACUGGAGGGCUGAGCAAUUGUCAGCCAGAAGAACUCUGUUCACUAAAUGUUGGCUUUAUGUUCUCAAACUGAAUUAAACCCAUUGUGAGGUUGAUACAAAGGAGGGGCUAGAAGAUGGGUGGGGAAGAGACUUAGGAGUUAUAUUCGAUAGUUUCAUUUCCGUGCCUGAAAAUAAAAUCUUGUCUACAACAGUUUAAGCCAUUAAAAGUGAAAAUGAAAGUUUUAUCACACUUUUAAGCAAAUACUGCUCUCUAUUACCGUACUUGCCCACAUUAACAGCUUCUCAGAAUAAUUUUCUUGCCUGAGAAACCUGAGACAACUCUAAUCAUAACUAUACUGGUUACUAUUAAAGUGGAAAUAAUUAUCUUAGGAUAUUUUCUAAGUAGAGUGGUGAGCAUGUAUUUUUAAUGACAAAGCUCUGAUGGUUGUUGGGAAUAUAUAGUUUACUGGACUUGAGCCCAAAUCUAGAUGUUUAAAAGUGUGUUUGUAGGAGCUUUAUUCAAACCAAUAUGUGAAAUAAUGUAUAUUUAUGAAAAUGGAGAGUAUAUUUAUAUUCUUCUUAGAUAGUUUAUUCUACAAUUUUUCAUUUCAUGCUUCCAUAUAUAUUACCCUUAAGUUUUUUUUCACCACAGAUAAAGAUAUUUUUUGGCCCUGCAAAUAAAAAGACAAUUCCUUAUUGUCCGAAUGUAAUACUGUCAUUGUACUGUUCAACCCUUUGUUUAUUUCUUUUUCGUUUUGUGAAAAACUCGGGUUAGCUUUUCUUAGAUUAUUGCUUAUUUAUGUGUAACAAAUCCCACAAAUUCCAAUGGAAAUUUCUUUUAAUUCUUCCUGGUCAUAUAAUAUAUUUCCACAGUAUCACAUACUUUUAGUUUUCACAAGGCUCAAUUUUGAGUUCAAGAUUGAAGUGUUCCUUCUGUUAUUUCAGAGAGCUUACAAAUGGGCCAUAUGAAAGUUCUUAAUACAGACCUACAGAUCUCAUCCUUCACAAUGCAAGUUUUCAGAAUGAAACCAAGGUCUCUAUUGAUAAAGCCAGGUAGAAGACUGAUACACUAAGACAAUUUCCUGACUAAUUUAGAUCUUCUAAAUCUUUCCACCUGGACAACAUAUUUUCUUUUUGGAUUACUGAAUACCCUUACAAUUUUUCACUUAACUUCAAAUCCUAGUGUGUAAUCGGGCCAUAUUGUUAACCUACCAUCAAUACAACAUGUAUUCUGAGUUACUCCAUCAAAGAUGAUGCAUUCCUAUAGAACUUCAGUGAGAUGAGAAGUAAGUCUAUGGCCAUAUGGCAUGACAAACCAAACAGUUUUUAUCAGGUUUCAACACAUAGUAACCGUGGCCUUUUUAGCUUUGUGCUCCUGUCAAAUGACUAACCAAUCUGAAAAUAUUUUAUCAAUGAAGAUUAUUUUAGCUUAUGUUCAAUUAGUGAAUGUUUAAUGCUCAUGGAUGAAGCAAUGUAUUUGCAAGAGAGCACUGAAACUAUUCUUUGUCAUCAGUACCCAUUGCCCUAUACUGCCAUCUUACAUCAAGGCCACAAAGUUAAGUGACCUUAAGUAACAUGAUGGUAAUGGACGGCUGUUAGAUUCUUUUUUAAACUAAGAAAGACAACAGUCUGGCUCAGAUCACAUGGGGGCAUUUAAAAUGUUUGAAACACAGAUGGGAGAUUAUGAAAAACACAAAUUUGUAAUUCAGGUUUACCGGAGCUUUGAUGGUUCAAAGUUCAAGCAUGCUAAGAAGGGCUCUGGUACCUGGUAGGAGUGAGAAUUGAUUUAUUAUGUGAAUGCUGAUAUUUUCUUACAUGACUUUUUGUUUUCCUUAGUUGCUGGGUGAACAAGAACUAAUAAUAUCUGUAUUUCUCUUUUUAUAUAACACUAUCUUCAAAUAUACAGAAUAUGCUAGAAUAUAUAAUUGUUAACGCUUUACAUAAAAACACUGUGUCCAACUUGCUCUCAAUAAAAAUUUGUGUCCUUGUUUGCAGUUUCUAGACUUUAUUUUCUUUGGCUUCCUUUUGAAACUUACAACUCUCAGGUAUCGGUAGGUACUAAAACCAUCAAUGAAUGUUUCUUCAGAAAACAAGAGACCAUAUCAUUUUAAUUCAUUUGCACUGUUUAUUUUUAAAACUUCUUAGAGUGAUUGUAUAUGAAAUUGCAAAAAGAAUUUCUGGUAAGUAGAUACAAAAUGUACAUGAAAAUUUUCUAUAGUUUUGUAGGAACGGAGAUACUAUUUUAGAUGCUUCUUAGCUCCAACAACUUGAAAAAAUAUAUGUAUCUUUGUAGUCAUCAAGGUAAUACAUUUAAACCACAAUGAUACUUUCAUAGUAAUUGUUUCUGCCUAUUUACAUGAAGUAGUACUUUUUCACAUAUUUUCAAAUGUAGAACAGAUAUUUAAGUGUUUCAAAGUGAUAGGGAAAACAUUUAAAAUAAGUAAUGACAGCCAAUUAUGAAAAAGGAUGCAACACCAGAGCACCCUAAAGAGGAAAUACUUUUGGCCAUAUGAGGAAGACAACUACUCCUUUUAAAGCUUGAACAUUCAUUGCUCUAUAAAAACAGCAGGGCUGUAAAAAGUAAUGUCAAAAGUUAUAGCAAAUAUUUGCCAAUAUUAAAAUAUCAGACAGUAACAUCACAUAAUAAAUAUGAAAACAAAAAUGUAUACACAGCUCAUGAAGACCAUGAAGUGACUUGGCCAUAGAAUCAACAUAAAUACAAUGACACAGGUACUAAUGAGCAGCAGAAAUCUUUUAGAUCGAUGGCAAUGACAAAACCAAAUGACCAUAUCUAAUAACUGACAGCUCUGGAGAAAUUUUGGAAAUAAGUUUGGAAAGCGAUCUGGAUUUUUACCCAGAAAUUUAAAAUGACAUA